AGGACUUCCGGGUAGUGCUGGCCCCCCCCAUUCAGGACAGCCUCCUUUUAUGAUUUCUGGGUAUUGUAGUCCACGUUCUUCCGGUUUCGCCAGAAUGAGCUGUUUUUAACUACGGCUCCCUUCGACACAAAAACUACAAAACCCAGACUAUAUCGCAAGUUCCUUUCGUCCAAUAGGAACCCCCCAUGUAGCGAGGCGCGGAGGCCGGCUCUCGCAACUCAAGAUGGCGGACGAGAGUGAGACAGCAGUGAAGCCGCCGGCACCUCCGCUGCCGCAGAUGAUGGAAGGGAACGGAAACGGCCAUGAGCACUGCAGCGAUUGCGAGAACGAGGAGGAAAACAGCUACAGCCGGGGUGGUUUGAGUCCAGCCAAUGACACUGGAGCCAAAAAGAAGAAAAAGAAACAAAAAAAGAAGAAAGAGAAAGGCAGUGAGACAGAUUCAGCCCAGGAUCAGCCUGUGAAGAUGAACUCUUUGCCAGCCGAGAGGAUCCAGGAAAUACAGAAGGCCAUUGAACUGUUCUCAGUGGGUCAGGGGCCUGCCAAAACCAUGGAGGAGGCUAGCAAGCGAAGCUACCAGUUCUGGGACACGCAGCCUGUCCCCAAACUGGGAGAAGUGGUGAACACCCAUGGGCCCGUGGAGCCUGACAAAGACAACAUCCGCCAGGAGCCCUACACCCUGCCCCAGGGCUUCACCUGGGAUGCCUUGGACCUGGGGGACCGUGGUGUGCUGAAAGAGCUCUACGGCCUCCUGAAUGAGAACUAUGUGGAGGACGACGACAAUAUGUUCCGGUUCGACUACUCCCCAGACUUUCUGCUGUGGGCUCUCCGACCACCUGGCUGGCUCCCCCAGUGGCACUGUGGGGUUCGAGUGGUCUCAAGUCGGAAACUGGUUGGGUUCAUCAGUGCCAUCCCGGCGAACAUCCACAUUUAUGACACAGAGAAGAAGAUGGUGGAGAUCAACUUCCUGUGUGUCCACAAGAAGCUGCGCUCCAAGAGGGUGGCUCCGGUCUUGAUCCGGGAGAUAACCCGGCGAGUUCACCUGGAGGGCAUUUUCCAAGCUGUUUACACUGCCGGGGUGGUAUUACCAAAGCCUGUCGGCACCUGCAGGUACUGGCAUCGGUCCCUAAACCCACGGAAGCUCAUUGAAGUGAAGUUCUCCCACCUGAGCAGAAAUAUGACCAUGCAGCGUACCAUGAAGCUCUACCGACUGCCAGAGACGCCCAAGACAGCUGGGCUGCGACCAAUGGAAAAAAAGGACAUUCCAGUAGUGCACCAGCUCCUCACCAGGUACCUGAAGCAGUUUCACCUCACACCAGUCAUGAGCCAGGAGGAGGUGGAGCACUGGUUUUACCCCCAGGAGAAUAUCAUCGACACUUUUGUGGUGGAGAACGCAAAUGGUGAGGUGACAGACUUCCUGAGUUUUUAUACGCUUCCCUCCACCAUCAUGAACCAUCCGACCCACAAGAGUCUAAAGGCUGCUUAUUCUUUCUACAACGUCCACACCCAGACCCCUCUUCUAGACCUCAUGAGCGACGCCCUUGUUCUCGCCAAAAUGAAAGGGUUCGACGUGUUCAAUGCACUGGAUCUCAUGGAGAACAAAACCUUCCUGGAGAAGCUCAAGUUUGGCAUAGGGGACGGCAACCUGCAGUAUUACCUUUACAAUUGGAAAUGCCCCAGCAUGGGAGCAGAGAAGGUUGGGCUGGUGUUACAGUAAUCAGUUGCCAGUGAGAUUCUGGAUAAAGCCACUGAGAAGUCAAACCAGGAAAUGGAACCCCACCACUUGUUGGUCCAAUUUUCACAAACGUGAGAAUCCCUGGCAAAGGGAACAGAACUGAACCGGCUUUACCAAACCGCCACUGAACUUGACAAUUGUAUUGCAAUGGCGUAGGCUGCGCAAUGUCACCUCCAGCCGUGUCUCUGGUCUCCCUGUUUUCCAAUUAAUCACAUCCUUCUGCAGCCGUGAUCAAGGGAAUGUAACUGCUGAAAACUAGCUCGUGAUUGGCAUAUUAUGGAGUUAACGGGUGAAUAAUAAAAGUAUAUAUAUAUAUAUUAUAUAUAUAUAAAUAUUUUAAAUAUC